AAAAUCUAAAGAAAAAUAAGAAAAUAGUAUUUCUAUAAGCUAUGACAUCAGAUAAAAACUUAAAACUCGAUUUGGAUAAGGAAUCAUCUGAUACAUGUUUCUUAUCUAAAAAAAAUACUUCUAACACAUAUGAUCCGCAAUCUUUAUCAAAAUACUAUCUAUUCUUUUCUGAUCUUUUUACAUGGAAAUACCCACGUACUUCUGGAUCUGUUCUAGGUGGAGUAACACUAUUAUUACUACUUUCAAAUACAGUCGAUAUUCCUCGCUUAAUUCUCCGUACAGCCUGGAUUGUUUUUGCAAGUUCAACAGUUAUUGAGAUUACAGGUCGUUCUCUUUUUAAGCAGCAUAGCGGAUUUAUUAGCCAAUUUGCACCAACCUCUUUUUAUUCAAUUUCACGAAAAUCACUUAACAACUUCAUUGACAAGACAUGUGAUAUAAUUAAUUUUGCACUAUACGGAAUCCAAGAGCUUUUAUUUGCCAGAAAAAUUAAGCACACUGCUAUUGCAUUUAUUGUUUCUUGGAUAUCAUUUGUUCUUGUGCAAUUUUUAUCUUUUAUUCAUACGCUUCUUUUAGGUGUAUUACUUGCAUUUACAGUUCCAUUAUUUUAUAUUAAAUAUCAAAAAACCAUUGAUAAAUAUUUCAAAUCUAUUUUCAUAAUUUCUAGAAAAUAUUCAUGUGCUUUAAAGAAACAUGCUGGUAAAUACACAGAAAAAAUGGCAAAGAAAUUAUCUUCCGAUUUUAUAAAAUUGAGCACAAAAAUAAAUAAUGAUAUGAAUAAAUUCAAAAAUGGAUUUAUGAAAAAUAAAAUAUUGUUAAAUCUUAAAGUUAAAAAAGUAAAAUCAACUGUGUUGCCUAAAACACCUGUUUCUGAUAUUUCUACUACACAAGAAAUAUUAACUGAAGGAAUUGAAAAGCAUGAUACUAAUGUUCCUAUUACAACAUAA